UCCUUCCUUCCUUCCUUCCCUUCCCUUCCCGGGAGGCGGCGCAGGAGGCGAGGCGAGGCCGCGGCCGGAGGCCGGAAUUGCUGGCCGGGGAAGCGCAGAGGCGGCGCAGCGUUUCCGGAGGCGCCGCUGGGGCUGCUGCUGCUGCUGGUGCCGCGGCGGGCUGGAGCCGCGAUCCGGCGGGGGAAGACAGCGGCAGAUAUUUCUAGGUUGUUUUUACAUGAAGGCAGCCCUGAAACUCGUCACACAUCCUGCCCGAAUUAACGUCGGAGAAACGGCCCCCUUCCAUUACAGCCUUCACCCGAGAUUGCGCGAAAGCCGUUCUGUCAAGUGCUUUGAAAACAGCUGACAACGGCGGAUAAUGUGCUGACGAGCAUUAUGGGCAGGCGGUACCCGGGAGCCCACUAUCGUCAAAGCAAUUCAUUUGAUUCCGGUGUGGAAACCUUGGCGGGGUUUAUGGCAAGCAACGGCACCUCAGACGUUGUGAAUCGGAACGGACCCGCCACGCCUCCCAACACCCUCCAGCUGCGCUCCUCUCACAACGAACUGCUGAAUGCUGAAAUCAAGCACACGGAGGUCAAGAACGGCACCCCUCCCAAAUGCCGGAAGAAAUACGCCCUGACCAACAUUCAGACCGCCAUGGGUUUAUCAGACCCUGCCGCCCAGCCGUUGUUGGGAAGCAAUUCCUCCAACAUCAAGCUGGUGAAAAACGGAGAAAACCAACUUAGGAAAGCAGCCGAGCAAGGACAAGAUCCCAACAAAAACCUGGCUGCUCCCUCCGUGACGACGGGUCUAAACAUAACUUCUGAGAAGUUGGAGGGGAAGGAACCAAGCCAACAGGACUCUUCCAGCGGCGAAAUCCUGCCCACCCAGCACCGAAGAUCGAAGAGCUUCCUAAACUACUAUGCAGACCUUGAGACCUCAACCAGGGAGGUGGAGCAGAAUUACGGGGAGAGCCAAGUGGUGGUGGAGGAGAAGUUGCCUUCACAAUGCAAUAGCCAAGCCUCCCUGGUCAUGGGGAACGGGGAGACCUUGCCUCAGAAGCAAAACGAGGCGGCGAGUCCCAAAGAUGGGCCGGCGGUGACCGUCUCUUCCAGUCCAGAGACUAAAAAGGAUCACCCUAAAACCGGCGCCAAGACUGAUUGCGCGCUGCACAGGAUCCAGAACCUGGCUCCGAGUGACGAAGACUCCAGCUGGACCACGUUGUCUCAAGACAGCGCCUCUCUGAGUUCCCCGGAUGAAAGAGCAGAUAUUUGGAGCGAUCAUUCCUUUCAGUCCGAUCCUGACCUUCCGCCGGGUUGGAAGAAGAUCAGCGAUAUAGCGGGGGUCUACUACUGGCACAUACCCACAGGGACCACUCAAUGGGAACGCCCCAUCUCGGGGCCCACGGAUCUCCAAUGCUCGAGGAAUGGGUCGCUGAGCUCACUCACCUCGUCGCCUACUCCAGAAACCGAGAAACAAGCCUGGAGUGAUUUUGCGGUGCUGAAUGGGGGAAAGAUUAAUAGUGACAUUUGGAAGGACCUUCACGCCGCCACCGUGAAUCCAGACCCCAGUUUAAAAGAAUUUGAAGGGGCUACUUUGCGAUACGCUUCCCUGAAGCUCAGAAACGUUCCGCAGUGUGACGAAGACGAUUCCUGUAGCAUCAACAGCGAUCCAGAGGCCAAGUGCUUCGCCGUCCGUUCCUUGGGAUGGGUCGAGAUGGGGGAGGAAGAUUUAGCGCCUGGGAAAAGCAGCGUUGCGGUGAACAACUGUAUCCGGCAACUCUCGUACUGCAAGAACGACAUAAGAGAUACCGUGGGCAUCUGGGGAGAGGGAAAAGACAUGUAUCUUAUCCUGGAGAACGAUAUGCUAAAUUUGGUUGACCCCAUGGAUCGUAGCGUUCUUCAUUCUCAGCCCAUCGUUAGCAUCCGAGUUUGGGGAGUCGGUCGAGAUAAUGGCCGGGAUUUCGCCUAUGUAGCCAGAGACAGAGAGACACGGAUUUUGAAAUGCCACGUGUUCCGAUGUGACACCCCAGCGAAAGCCAUCGCCACCAGCCUCCACGAAAUCUGUUCGAAGAUUAUGGCUGAACGGAAGAAUGCCAAAGCUGUGGCUUGCAACUCCUUGCAGGAACGAUCGAACGUCGCUCUGGAGGUCCCUUUACAAGUAGAUUUUCCAACACCAAAGACUGAGUUGGUCCAGAAAUUCCAUGUGCAAUACCUGGGCAUGCUACCUGUAACUAAGCCAGUGGGUAUGGACAUGCUGAAUGGAACUAUAGAAAAUCUCAUGGAGUCCUCCAACAGAGAAGAAUGGACUCCUGUCACCAUGAAUGUGGCUGAUGCUACUGUGACUGUCAUCAGCGAUGGGAAUGAAGAGGAGAUUGUGGUGGAAUGUCGUGUCCGCUUCUUGUCCUUCAUGGGCGUGGGAAAAGACAUACAUACCUUUGCCUUCAUUAUGGAUGCGGGAAACCAGCAUUUUGAGUGUCACGUCUUCUGGUGCGAACCCAACGCUGGCAACGUCUCUGAGGCCGUUCAGGCGGCUUGUAUGCUGCGGUAUCAAAAGUGUUUGGUCGCCCGGCCUCUUUCUCAGAAAGUCCGCCCUCCUCCUCCUCCAGCAGACUCCAUGACAAGACGGGUCACCACCAACGUGAAACGCGGGGUCCUGUCCCUGAUUGACACUUUGAAACAGAAGCGUCCUGUGACUGACAUGCCAUGACGGACCUGCGGGUUCACCCACCCCGGGCGUUUCCCCCGAAACGUCACGCGAAACGAGACAGCAGCUGCGUUUAAGAGAAAGAAGGUUGGAUGAAGGCCUUCCUUCCGUUGGAAAUCUUCACUUUCAGAAAAGUUACGGGAAAAUAAUAUUAGACAAGCAUGUUCUCACUCUUGCCGCCACCAAGUAAAUAUUGAAAAGAAGCAUGAUCUUUUUUUUUUUUUAAUGUUCAUUUUAUUUUUAUUUUUAUUUUUGCUCCGUGUGAGAUAGC